CACGAAAAUUCAUUUUCGGAAAUUUUUACGGAAAAUAGAAAGAAGAAAGGAGCAGCCAGACAGUUAUAUCCGCCAUUGUCAAACUCCAAGCUCCCCGAUUUGCAGAAUCCUCGAGGCUUUCGUGGCCAGUUGAUCUCGAUUCGGUUGGUUUUCUGUGGUCUAUAAAAUCAGUCCCUUUGUGGAGGGCAUUUCGGAUUUUGGGAUUGAACUGCAGUUUUUGCCACAAAACUUGGGCCAAAAAGAUGGCUAUUUCUUCGUAUCCUACUCCUGCUGAUGCUGGUGUUCUCUGCAUAAUUCUUGCGAACACGGCAAUAUCCAUCUCCAUUGUGAAAGAGAUUGUCCGCUGUAUUCUCCAUGUGAUCGGGAUCCAUAUUUCGUCAUGGGAGGAAUUCUCAGUCGAGCCCUCUGGCUCAUAUGAAUGCCGUAAAACUCCUUCAGCAUCAUACAUGGAGGAGUUCAGAACCCGAACCCCAGCAAUGCGAUACGACUCAAUUUACAUAUGCAAUUGUCCCAAACAAGAGUGUUCCAUCUGCCUAACAGAAUUUGAGGCGAAGGCAGAGAUCAACCGCCUGUCAUGUGGCCAUGUUUUUCACAAACCGUGCCUCGAAAAGUGGCUCAACUACUGGAACACCACAUGCCCGCUGUGUCGGAAUCACAUGAUAUCCGAAGAAGGCGAAGAGGAUUCCUGUCCCAUGUGAGUUGUCUCUUUCGGAUUUGUGGUUAGUGUGUACAGAGUUAGAUUUUUGUGAAUCUCGUAUAUUUCAGCUGCCAAUGUUGUGCGUCCUCUCGUAGUGACGGGUCAGCGUGACUCUGUGCGUUUGUAUAUAUUGUGAAAGGCUUUUCAAUUUGAAUGUCUGCCACUGCCUCUGCCUCUGAAGUGUUGGUUACAUGUAUGUAUGUAUGUAUCUUAAGCAACAGUUAGUUAGUUGGUUGGUUAUUCGUGUGUUUUAUUUAUUUGUCUUUGAGUUGAAGGACUUUGGGAACGAGCCGGGCUGAGUCGAGCUUUGUUUUGUGAA